CUAGUGUACUAGGAUCACCGUCGUAUUUACUGGCAUUGCCUUGGUUUCACAGCAUGCUUCAGUGGCCUCAGUCAAUGAUGGUACAGAAAACACAUCAGCUCUUCAAAAACUCCAUUACUAACUUUUUUGAUUUUGGGUUUUUCUUCUACUACAUCGAUACCUGCAUAUACCACAUCGAAUUAACAAGUAUAACUCCGCAGUUAGGCAUCCUAUAAGGUUCUUGUUUAUAUAUGAGGGUUGAUUAACAUCGAUUUUUGGUGAAUCUACAUCUAUAAAAUUAUAUAUUGCCCACAUGAAAAUAUAUCACUCUUACCUAAUACCUUCAAUGUGAGGCUUGGAACGUAUUUCAAAUAAUCAGAGUUGUUCCGAUAGUUGAGUGCGUUAAUGAAAACACAAAAGUAUCGCGAUCGAUAAAGUCUAAGUGGGACAUCUGAUUCUUGCCAUGACGACUUCACUUCCCGUCGUUGACGCGUCACGACGUUCACGUCUGUUGGGUAUUGCCUUUGCCUGUAUCAACUGUACUAGGUGUGACUACUGUGCCCGUCUCUUCUGAUUUCUUAAGAUCUUUGGACCUGUGUAGCGUUUACAACCAUCGACAGGGAAAAGAUUGUACGUUAUGGCAUCUGAGACACUACUACUGUUGUUGGCGGUGACCAUGGCCGCGUUGUCCGAAAAGAUAUGCACGGACGUUGGCAAACUUCCUAUCCAGAACAACACGCGCCUCACCCACCACACCUUCCUGUCCAUGCACAUGUCAAGUAUUAUGAUGUGUGCCCGGGCUUGCAUAAACAGGGGGCGCUGCAAGUCCUUCAACUUCGAACUCUCGUACCGGUCCUGUGAGCUGAACCAGGCCAACUACGCCGAGACGGGCACCCUCAGUAAUGAGGAUCCGUGGGUGUAUUAUGACAUUGCAGGAUUCCCUCAGUCAGUGCGACAAGAGUGCCAGGGUGUCACGUGUGGUUAUAAUGAGACGUGCGAGAUUUCCUCGUCACUCCAACCAGCCUGUCACACAUGCAGCAUCGCAGCAGCCUGUGGAGUAUGCUACCCCACCACAGAGGUUGCAGGGAGGCGAUACCGAUCCUACGGCUGCUUCAAGUCAGCAGGCGGAAAUGUCCUGCCAGAACUCCUUGUCAACCUGCGAGGCGACAUUGACUGGAAUGAUCUCACCAAGACGCUGGAUGCUUGUGCGCUUGCAUCUGCCUCGACGAACAGGGAGUUUUUCGGGAUACAGUUCUGGGCUGAAUGCCACAUUGGGAAUGCCACCGAGGCCAACUUCCAGACCCCUGUGACCAUCAGCGCAUGCGCCACUGUGUGCCCGAAUUCUGUUGCCGACGGUUCCUCUACACAGGUGUAUCAGUGGAUAUAGCAUGCACCUUGUACUUAACAACCUGACACCGUCGCCUUGUGUAUCAGUGGAUAUGGCAUGUACCUUGUACUUAACAACCUGACACCGUCGCCUUGUGUAUCAAUGGAUGUAGCAUGCACCUUGUACUUAACAACCUGACACCGUCGCCUUGUGCAUCAGUGGAUAUAGCAUGCACCUUGUACUUAACAACCUGACACCGUCGCCUUGUGUAUCAGUGGAUUUAGCAUGCACCUUGUACUUAACAACCUGACACCGUCGCCUUGUGUAUCAGUGGAUAUAGCAUGCACCUUGUACUUAACAACCUGACACCGUCGCCUUGUGUAUCAGUGGAUAUAGCAUGCACCUUGUACUUAACAACCUGACACCGUCGCCUUGUGUAUCAGUGGAUAAAGCAUGUACCCUUGUACUUAACCUGACACCGUCGCCUUGUGUAUCAGUGGAUAUAGCAUGUACCUUGUACUUAACCUGACACCGUCGCCUUGUGUAUCAGUGGAUAUAGCUUGUACCUUCUACUUAACAACCUGACACCGUCGCCUUGUGUAUCAGUAGAUAUAGCAUGUACCUUGUACUUUACAACCUGACACCGUCGCCUUGUGUAUCAGUGGAUAUAACAUGUACCUUGUACUUAACAACCUGACAUCGUGGCCUUGUGUAUCAGUGGAUAUAGCAUGCACCUUGUACUUAACAACCUGACACCGUCGCCUUGUGUAUCAGUGGAUUUAGCAUGCACCUUGUACUUAACAACCUGACACCGUCGCCUUGUGUAUCAGUGGAUAUAGCAUGCACCUUGUACUUAACAACCUGACACCGUCGCCUUGUGUAUCAGUGGAUAUAGCAUGCACCUUGUACUUAACAACCUGACACCGUCGCCUUGUGUAUCAGUGGAUAUAGCAUGCACCUUGUACUUAACAACCUGACACCGUCGCCUUGUGUAUCAGUGGAUAUAGCAUGCACCUUGUACAUGUACGUAACAACCUGACACCGUUAUAUGUAGCACUGAUAUAAUACUAUCAUGUUGCAUCUUUUAUCAGUGGAUAUAACAUAUCACCUUGCAUCAUGAAGCAUUGAUACAAUACUAUCACGUUGCAUCCUUGUGUCAGUGGAUAAACAUAUCACUUUGCAUCAUGAAGCAUUGAUAUAAUACUAUCACGUUGCAUCUUGUAUCAGUGGAUAUAACAUAUCACCUUGCAUCAUGAAGCAUUUAUACAAUACUAUCACGUUGCAUCUUGUAUCAGUGGAUAUAACAUAUCACCUUGCAUCAUGAAGCAUUGAUAUAAUACUAUCACGUUGCAUCUUGUAUCAGUGGAUAUAACAUAUCACCUUGCAUCAUGAAGCAUUGAUAUAAUACUAUCAUGUUGUAUCUUGUAUCAGUGGAUAUAACAUAUCACCUUGCAUCAUGUAGCAUUGAUAUAAUACUAUCACGUUGCAUCUUGUAUCAGUGGAUAUAACAUAUCACCUUGCAUCAUGAAGCAUUGAUAUAAUACUAUCACGUUGCAUCUUGUAUCAGUUGAUAUAACAUAUCACCUUGCAUCAUGAAGCAUUGAUAUAAUACUAUCACGUUGUAUCUUGUAUCAGUGGAUAUAACAUAUCACCUUGCAUCAUGAAGCAUUUAUACAAUACUAUCACGUUGCAUCUUGUAUCAGUGGAUAUAAUAUUAUCACGUUUUAUGACGUAGCAAUGAUAUAAUAUGAUCUCGUUGCAUCGAUAGCAUGUAGCAAUGAUAUAAUAUUAUCACGUUGCAUCGAUAUCAUGUAGCAAUGAUAAAAUAUUAUCGCGCUUAUCAUGCAGCAAUGAUAUAAUAUGAUCUCGUUGCAUCGAUAUCAUGUAGCAAUGAUAUAAUAUUAUCUCGUUGCAUCAUCUAGCAAUGAUAUAAUAUGAUCUCGUUUCAUGUAGCAAUGAUAUAACAUGAUCUCGUUGCAUCAUGUAGUGUAGUCACUUAAUGUUCAACUGUCCAUAACCUGUCAGGGAAACAAUAUCUAACAACGUCUAACAUGACAAUACCGUGCCAGUUUUGUUACUUAAUUUUCCAUUGUUAUGAUAUUAAACUGUACAUAAUUUGUCAGUGUUAUGAAAUUCAACUGUACAGAACUUUUUUUUACAGAGGCUUACAGAGGCUUAAUAUUCAGUUGUGCAGAACGUGUGAAUGGUAUGAUAUAAGGGUGUCAGUAGAUUGUCAGGGUAACAUCGCUGAAUUGUUAUUUUCUUAAUUGUUAUAUAAUAUUUUCUUUACAGACAGUACACAUUGUUUUCCCUCUACUGUUAUGUUUGUUAUACGACAUCGUUGUUUGUCAUGUGUAUUUGAAAUUCCUAGGAAUGUGACGAUGGUAGAUCUGUUUCAAAGUAUCAGGAAUUGGUAUCGUUUUCAAGAUGGGUGUGGUCAACUCACGCUUUACGAAAACAACCACAGUAAGGGACUAUUCUUCCCAACGAGUUAACAAUCACAGCAAGGGGCUAUUCUUUCCAACGAGCUAACAAUCACAGCAAGGGGCUAUUCUUCCCCACAAGUUAACAAUCACAGUAAGGGACUAUUUUUCUCCGCACGCUAACAACCACAGGCUACUAGGGAUUACUCUUCUACACGAGCUAACAAUCACAGGGAACUAGGGACUGUUUUUCUCCAGGCGCUGUCAAUCACAGGGCACGAGGGUCUAUUCUGCCCCAUGGGCUAACAAUCACUGGGUACUAGGACAUGGGAACAAUAAAAUGCUCUUCUUUGCCAUA